CCUCCGCGUACCCCGUGACCCAAAUCCAAACCCCUAGCCCUCUUCUCCUCGCCAAGUGCCGUUGUCUCUACCGCACUGAUCCCUCGCUCCCUCGCCCAAUCCUUCUCAAACCCCACUCGAUACGCAGCGAGGAAUCUAGGUUUCCUCGCGUUACUCGCCACCAUGAAUAUUUUCCGGCUUGCCGGCGACAUGACCCAUCUCUUCAGCGUCCUCGUCCUCUUACUCAAGAUCUACGCUACCAAAUCUUGCUCAGGGAUCUCGCUCAAGACGCAAGAGCUGUAUGCUUUGGUGUUCUUGACUCGGUAUUUGGAUCUGUUCACGGAUUUCAUCUCGGUGUACAACUCGGUGAUGAAGGUGGUGUUCAUCUCGAGCUCGGUCGCCAUCGUGUGGUGCAUGAGGUACCAUCCCUUGACGCGGCGGACGUAUGACAAGGAUCUGGACACCUUCCGGCACUACAUUCUUGUGGGCGUGAGCAUUAUCUUGGCCCUGCUCUUCCAUGAUCGAUUCACAUUUCGAGAGGUAUUCUGGGCAUUCUCCAUAUACUUAGAGGCAGUGGCAAUUCUUCCUCAGUUAGUUUUGCUGCAGAGAAGCGGAAAUGUCGAUAAUUUAACUGGGCAAUAUGUUUUCUUUCUUGGGGCUUACCGUGCAUUUUACAUUCUCAACUGGAUAUAUCGCUAUUUCACGGAGAAUCAUUACAGUCGUUGGAUAUCUUGGCUUGCUGGUUUUGUUCAGACAGCUCUCUAUGCUGAUUUCUUCUAUUACUACUUUGUAAGUUGGAAAAACAAUGCAAAGCUUCAGCUCCCUGCUUGAGCUACUUCUUGUGCAGGUCAUUCUGCAUGCUGCUACAUAGUAAACAAUCUGAAAUCUGUUGGAUUUCUGAGUUGAAUGAUGCAGUGCAAUAUGGAAGGAGGAAAUUGUGCGAAUAAGUUGUGCCCCUGAUAUCCAUUACUGCAUGAUUGUACAAUGAUAUUAAAGAUUAUACUGAUUCUAGUUGUCAUACCUUUUCUCUUGCUCUUUGCUCAUACUACUGAAAGCUAACAAAUUGCUAAUUUCAUAGAGGCAGUGCCAAUUUGCUUGUAUUCAGAACAUACAUAUUGAUAUAUGAAGCAAAGCUUUUGUUCUA